AUGACGCUCACCGCCGCGUCCGCGACGUCGGCGGUCGCUCCCAGCGCCGCGCGAAGAAGAACGACGGCGUCCGCGGCGUCGAGAAGGUCGGGCCUCCACGGCGCGUCUUCUUCGCUCUCUUCGGCGACGACGACGUCUUCGGCGACGACGUCGUCGUCGUCGUCCCGCCGGGGCCCCGGGCAUCGCGCCCCGCCGCGGCGCCGUCGCUGGAGCGAGCCGCGAUCGACGACGACGACGACGACGCGAGGGGGCGGUGGGCGCGCCUCCCAACAGAAGCGGUCGGCCGCGGCGGACGACGACGACGCGGAAAACGCGGAUGAUGAUGACACCAGGAUCAUCCUCGGCGAGCUCGACGACCUCUUCACGCUCGUCGCCGCGCGCCGCAGAGGCGAGAUGCUCUUCGCGGAGGAGAUGUCCAAGCCCGACGCCGAGAUCGACUUCGUGCGAGCCGCGAUGUACGUCGCGAUGCACCGACGACCGGACGAAUCGCGCGUGGAGGACGCGGUGGAGGAGCUGGACGAGCUCGCGGCGGAGCUCGAGAAACUCCUGCCGCCGAAAGAAGAACGGUUCCCGCUGCGGACGCUCAAGGCCAUCUCGCGGUACAUGUUCGAGACGUUGGGGUUCGAGGGGAACCAAGAGGAGUUCUACGACCCUCGGAACUCGUGCCUGGACGAGGUGCUCGCGCGGAGGAAGGGCAUACCGAUCACGCUGUCGCUCGUGUACAUGGAGGUGCGUUCAUAUUAUUUAUUACACUGGUCCCCAUACGACGGCGUCGGCGUGGUGAACGCCGAUCCUUAA